AGCCGCGGCGCCCACACAGAAAAGGCCGCCGGGGCGGACGGACCCUCUCGCCGCACCGCCCCGCUGCACCGCGCCGCCCCGCCCGCGGGCCCCGCCGCCCGCAGACAUGGCUCAGAUCCUGCCCAUACGUUUCCAGGAGCACUUCCAGCUCCAAAACCUGGGGAUUAACCCAGCAAACAUUGGAUUCAGUACCCUGACAAUGGAAUCUGACAAAUUCAUCUGCAUCAGGGAGAAAGUAGGAGAGCAAGCACAAGUUGUGAUAAUUGACAUGAGUGAUCCAACCACUCCUAUCAGACGCCCAAUCUCUGCAGAAAGUGCCAUCAUGAAUCCAGCUUCUAAAGUAAUUGCUUUGAAAGCUGGGAAGACACUCCAGAUCUUUAACAUUGAGAUGAAAAGCAAAAUGAAAGCCCACACCAUGGCAGAGGAAGUGAUCUUCUGGAAAUGGAUAUCUGUGAAUACAGUUGCCUUGGUGACAGAAACUGCUGUCUACCACUGGAGCAUGGAGGGAGAAUCUCAGCCCCAGAAGAUGUUUGACAGGCAUGCCAGUCUGGCAGGCUGCCAGAUUAUCAACUACAGGACUGAUGAACAUCAAAAAUGGCUGCUACUUAUUGGAAUUUCAGCUCAGCAAAAUCGUGUCGUUGGUGCAAUGCAGCUGUACUCGGUUGACAGAAAAGUCUCUCAACCUAUUGAAGGCCAUGCAGCAGCCUUUGCAGAAUUCAAAAUAGAAGGAAAUGUCAAGCCUUCCACGCUCUUCUGCUUUGCUGUGAGGAGUCCUGCAGGAGGCAAGCUACAUAUAAUUGAAGUGGGUCAGCCUGCUGCUGGAAACCAGCCCUUUGUUAAGAAAGCUGUUGAUGUAUUUUUCCCUCCUGAGGCACAGACAGAUUUUCCUGUGGCAAUGCAGAUUGGAGCCAAGCAUGGAGUUAUAUACCUAAUCACAAAAUAUGGGUACAUACAUAUGUAUGACUUGGAAUCUGGAGUGUGCAUUUACAUGAACCGUAUUAGUGCUGACACUAUCUUUGUCACUGCUCCUCAUGAGCCUACCUCUGGCAUCAUUGGUGUGAACAAGAAAGGACAGGUGCUUUCAGUUUGUGUGGAAGAAGACAACAUUGUGAAUUAUGCUACAAAUGUUCUCCAGAAUCCAGACCUGGGUCUGCGUAUGGCAAUCCGCAGUAACCUGGCUGGGGCAGAGGAACUGUUUGCCAGGAAGUUCAAUACACUUUUUGCACAAGGAAGCUAUUCAGAAGCUGCUAAAGUAGCAGCAUCUGCACCAAAGGGCAUCCUGCGUACCAGUGACACUAUCAGGAAGUUUCAGAGUGUGCCAGCGCAACCAGGGCAGGCCUCUCCUUUACUGCAGUACUUUGGGAUCUUGCUUGAUCAGGGGCAGCUCAAUAAGUUUGAGUCUUUAGAACUCUGCCGUCCUGUCCUGCAACAAGGCCGGAAGCAGUUGCUGGAGAAGUGGCUGAAGGAAGAUAAGCUGGAGUGUUCGGAGGAGCUUGGAGACUUGGUGAAGGCUGCUGACCCCACCCUUGCACUCAGCGUUUACCUUCGUGCUAAUGUGCCAAACAAAGUCAUUCAGUGCUUUGCAGAAACUGGCCAAUUCCAGAAGAUAGUUCUUUAUGCCAAAAAGGUUGGCUAUACACCAGACUGGGUCUUCUUGUUGAGAAGUGUAAUGAGAGUCAGUCCAGAACAGGGUCUGCAGUUUGCUCAGAUGCUGGUGCAGGAUGAAGAGCCGCUAGCCAACAUUAACCAGAUUGUAGAUGUAUUCAUGGAGAACAGUCUGAUACAGCAGUGCACUUCCUUUCUGCUGGAUGCACUGAAAAACAACCGCCCUGCUGAAGGGCAUCUCCAGACCCGUCUACUGGAAAUGAACCUAAUUCAUGCACCCCAGGUUGCAGAUGCCAUUCUUGGGAACCAAAUGUUUACACACUAUGAUCGUGCUCACAUUGCCCAGUUAUGUGAAAAAGCAGGCUUGCUGCAGAGAGCCCUGGAACACUACACUGACCUCUAUGAUAUCAAACGUGCUGUUGUUCACACACACCUUUUGAACCCUGAGUGGCUUGUGAACUUCUUUGGCUCCCUGUCAGUUGAGGACUCUGUAGAGUGUCUGCGUGCAAUGCUGUCUGCCAACAUCAGGCAAAAUUUGCAGCUGUGCGUGCAAGUGGCUUCUAAAUACCAUGAGCAGCUUGGCACCCAGUCUCUUGUGGAGCUCUUCGAAUCUUUCAAAAGUUAUGAAGGACUAUUCUACUUCCUGGGGUCAAUUGUGAACUUCAGCCAGGAUCCUGAUGUCCACUUCAAAUAUAUCCAAGCAGCUUGCAAGACUGGCCAGAUCAAGGAAGUGGAAAGGAUCUGUCGUGAAAGUAAUUGCUAUAACCCUGAACGAGUGAAAAACUUUCUGAAGGAGGCCAAGCUUACAGACCAGCUUCCUCUGAUCAUUGUGUGUGACCGAUUUGACUUUGUUCACGAUCUGGUUCUCUACUUAUACCGCAACAACCUACAGAAGUACAUAGAGAUCUAUGUUCAGAAGGUGAAUCCAAGCCGUAUACCAGCAGUUGUUGGAGGGCUGCUUGAUGUGGAUUGUUCUGAGGAUGUUAUUAAGAACUUGAUUAUGGUGGUUAGAGGCCAGUUUUCAACAGAUGAGUUGGUGGCUGAAGUGGAAAAAAGAAAUAGGCUCAAAUUGCUGCUGCCGUGGCUUGAAUCUAGAAUUCACGAAGGCUGUGAAGAACCUGCCACCCACAAUGCUCUGGCCAAAAUCUACAUUGACAGUAAUAACAACCCAGAGCGGUUCCUCCGUGAGAAUCCUUACUAUGACAGCCGUGUUGUAGGCAAAUACUGUGAAAAAAGGGACCCGCACUUGGCCUGUGUCGCUUAUGAGAGGGGCCAGUGUGAUCUUGAACUUAUUAAGGUUUGUAAUGAGAACUCCUUGUUCAAGAGCGAGGCCCGCUACCUUGUACGUAGGAAGGAUCCAGAACUUUGGGCAAACGUUCUUGAAGAAAACAAUCCAUUCAGGCGACAGCUCAUUGAUCAGGUUGUUCAGACAGCUUUGUCAGAGACGCAGGAUCCAGAAGAGGUUUCUGUUACGGUGAAAGCCUUCAUGACUGCAGAUCUUCCCAACGAAUUAAUUGAACUGCUGGAAAAGAUAGUAUUGGACAACUCUGUGUUCAGUGAGCAUAGGAACCUGCAGAAUCUACUGAUCCUGACUGCCAUUAAGGCUGAUCGCACUCGUGUGAUGGAAUACAUCAAUCGGUUGGAUAACUAUGAUGCCCCAGACAUUGCAAACAUAGCUAUCAGCAAUGAGCUAUAUGAAGAAGCCUUUGCCAUCUUUCGGAAAUUUGAUGUUAACACAUCUGCAAUACAAGUACUGAUAGAGCAUAUAGGCAACCUUGACCGUGCUUAUGAAUUUGCUGAGAGGUGUAAUGAGCCAGCUGUCUGGAGUCAACUAGCCAGAGCACAGCUUCAGAAGGACUUGGUGAAGGAAGCCAUUGACUCUUACAUAAAGGCUGAUGAUCCCUCUGCUUACAUGGAAGUGGUUCAGGCAGCUAAUAGAAAUAACAACUGGGAGGAUCUGGUUAAAUUCUUGCAAAUGGCCAGGAAAAAGGCCCGAGAGUCCUACGUGGAAACUGAACUCAUUUUUGCCUUGGCAAAAACCAACCGCCUGUCAGAGCUGGAGGAGUUCAUUAGUGGUCCUAACAACGCCCAUAUACAACAGGUUGGUGAUCGCUGCUACGAUGAAAGAAUGUAUGAAGCAGCCAAGCUGCUCUACAACAAUGUAUCUAACUUUGGUCGUUUGGCAUCUACCUUGGUGCACCUUGGAGAGUACCAGGCAGCAGUAGACAGUGGCCGCAAAGCCAACAGUACCAGGACAUGGAAGGAGGUGUGCUUUGCCUGUGUGGAUGGAAAAGAAUUCCGGUUGGCACAGAUAUGUGGCUUGCAUAUAGUAAUCCAUGCUGAUGAACUUGAAGAGCUGAUUAGCUACUAUCAGGAUCGUGGCUAUUUUGAAGAGCUAAUUGCUCUCUUGGAAGCUGCUUUGGGCCUUGAGCGUGCUCACAUGGGAAUGUUCACAGAAUUGGCCAUCUUGUACUCCAAAUUCAAGCCUCAGAAGAUGAGGGAACAUCUAGAGCUCUUCUGGUCUAGAGUUAACAUUCCAAAGGUGCUCAGAGCUGCUGAACAGGCUCACCUCUGGGCAGAACUAGUCUUCCUAUAUGACAAGUAUGAAGAGUAUGACAAUGCAAUAAUCACCAUGAUGAACCAUCCCACUAAUGCUUGGAAAGAAGGACAGUUCAAAGAUAUAAUUGCCAAGGUAGCCAAUGUGGAGCUAUAUUACAAAGCCCUGCAGUUCUAUUUGGACUACAAACCUCUGCUGAUCAAUGAUCUUCUGCUGGUGUUAUCUCCACGGCUGGACCACACCAGGACAGUUAGCUUCUUUGCAAAGGUAAAUCAGCUGCCUCUAGUGAAGCCUUACUUGCGCUCAGUCCAGAACCACAACAACAAAGGAGUCAAUGAGGCUCUAAACAACCUUCUGACAGAAGAGGAGGACUACCAGGGUUUGAGAGCUUCUAUUGAUGCUUAUGACAACUUUGAUAACAUCACACUAGCUCAGCGUCUGGAGAAGCAUGAACUGAUCGAAUUCAGGCGUAUUGCAGCUUACUUGUACAAGGGAAACAAUCGCUGGAAACAAAGUGUGGAACUCUGCAAGAAGGAUCGUCUCUACAAGGAUGCUAUGCAGUAUGCUGCAGAGUCUAAAGAUGCAGAGCUGGCAGAGAAACUGCUCCAGUGGUUCCUGGAAGAAGGCAAGCAAGAAUGUUUUGCAGCUUGUCUCUUCACAUGCUAUGACUUGCUGCAUCCAGAUGUAGUCCUUGAGUUGGCCUGGAGGCAUAACAUCAUGGACUUUGCAAUGCCUUAUUUCAUCCAGGUGAUGAGGGAAUACCUUACCAAAGUUGAUGGGCUGUUUAAUAAGGUGGAUAAACUUGAUGCUUCUGAAAGCCUAAGGAAAGAAGAGGAGCAAGUAGCUGAACCCACUCCAAUAGUAUUUGGCCAGCAGCUGAUGCUAACAGCAGGGCCAAAUGCAGUACCUCCCCAGGCAAACUUCCCUUAUGGAUACACAGCACCAGGAUUCACUCAGCCACCUGUUUACGGCUUCAAUAUGUAACUAGCUCUCUGAUGGACCUUCGCUGGGUUCUCCCCCUUCCCAUCCCUCUGACUUCUCCAGGAAGUGUAUGAUGGUCCUAAAGGCACAGAUGACCCUCUGGCCAAACACUUCUUCUUUUUUUUUUUUUUUGCUGCCCUGCUCAGUGACAAGACUUCCAGAGGAUGCCUGUUGCUGUUAUUUAUUGCUAUUGUCCGGUUACAUUUCAACCUCCUGAAAGGCAGCUUUAGUUAACUACACUGCAAGACUUGUCUGAAGUCAAGGCACUAUUUCACUAAAACUCAAUGCAUAGCAAUAACUGCUUGUGGCCAGGGAGAAGUAGGAGCAUAUUUUCCUUGUUGUGAAGCCCAUUGCUGGCAGUGGCCUGCACUGGGCAGUUGCCUGGCACCAAGUUGUUAAAGCUUUAAUUCAAAGCUACUUUAUUGAGUAGCCGGGAUGUUUGAAUUCAACUUGGCAUCUUCUUGCUGGCAGACUGCUAGAAGUUUGUCUAAACCUGACUGCCCCAUUCUGUUUGCCAUGCUGUGUGCAAAAAAGGAAAAUGAGUUUUCUAAUAUUUAAGAUGGCCUGGAAAUGUAGACAAAUACUGGGAAAAGUUCUUUCUGCUAAAUUGUUGGGUGCAAGAUAGGUUUGUUCUUUUGGAGUAGGUCUUGAGACUUUAACUAAACAGAAUAAAUCUGUUUGUACCAGAGUAAACACUUCCCAGAAGCUGUUUGUCUAAUAAGAGGAGAGCAUGUUACUCAUUGACGUUAAAUGGUACAAAAGGAAACCUCAGCUAUAUGUAUGGCAAGUUGGGAAAAUAGUAGGAGUGUGCGCGUGUGUGCAUGGGCUGCCAAAGUACUAGAGUUAUAUGCAAAGGUAAUGAGGAUUCAAAGAGCACAGUGGUGGGAUGGGGGGAGGGACAUUAUUGCUAAAAAUAAUAUUUUUGAAGUAGUGGGGAGGGACAUAAUCCUGGUCUUGCACCUUUUUUAAUUCUGGUUCUGGGGUUGUCUUCCUGCCACACCUUGUCACAUGGAUUCUAACUUCUGACUCUGCAUGGGGUGCUAUCUGAACUGACAGCACUCAGUGACUCUUGGUUUUGCUAUGCUGCAGUAAUAUAACUGGCAUGUCCACCCCACAUGCGCGCACACUUUCUUUUGAGAAUGCCAACAGGGAUGUAUUAUUAAUUUGUGCCACUCUCCAAAUACAUGUAUCAUUAACGUUUUAUGUACUGAAAUUAGAUAACAAUGUAUAAUUUAUGGUUAUGAAUCUUGUGCUAAUCAUGAAUAUUAUAAAAGUUCAAUUAUAAAUGUAAAACUGCAAUGUC